GUCAAAACGGACCAGGACUUGGCUUCAUUUGGCCCAGUACCUGACAUAAGGGAAAAGAGGCGAUUUCCUCAAUGCCCCAAUCUCCCCAAUCUCCCAAACCCUAGCUGAGCACAAAUCUCAAUUCGAGCGCUCGAUUACUGGGUUCGCCUCGCGCCGAUCUCACCUGUUGUUCAGACAUGAAGGCUUGCAAGCAGAUCGCAGCCAUGGGAGCCGCAGCCACCACGGACGAGGCCGACAGCAAGUUGGCAGCGAAGAGCGAUGCAAUCCAAUUGAGGAAGGGGAAGAAUGCCAAGGGCAAGCUGGCGGUGAAGAGCAAUGGAAUAGAGAAGCCCAAGACCCAUGACCUUUCCAAUGUUACACGCGGGUUGGCGGUGAUGAACAUUUCACUGGACAUGUCAGAGGAUGAAUUUCUUGGACUGGUCACCUAUCAGAACAUCUUCUGGAUGGGCAACUUCAAAGGCGUCUAUGACAAGCCGUCCGUAGAUGCUAUUCGUAGGAAAGCUGCUGAAAACUGGAAAUUCUUUAGCGAUUCGGAGAAGGCCCCUUAUGUAGCCAAGGGACGUGUGAACAAAAUGCACAUCGCUGAGGCUCAUGAGUACUGCAAGACACUGAAGUUGAAGCGCGUGAUGAUAAACAGGAUGAUGAAUCUGAAAAUGUGAACACACCAGAUCUCUAACAUGUGUUUCAAUAGAAACGCCUUCGUAGAUCGCGCAAUUACUGCAAUCAACUCCACAACCUAAUUCUGUCUGGGCCAGCACUUGGAGGGUUUGGAUGCAGGUGCAGUUCAAGCUGCCAUAUGGACAAUACCAGUGUUAAAUAUGUGUGCUCCUGGCUUUAGAUGUUGAACUCUUUCUGCAUAUUGCGAUGUUUGCUUGGUAAUGUUGGACGGCCGUUAAGUCAUUUCACUAUUAGAAACCAUAUGGCAUUGUGAGAUUGCAACU